AUGGAGAGCAAUGUAGGGUGGGCAGUGGCACCUGUCGUAUCUGCGAGAGCAAGCUUCGCUGGGUCUUCUUGGCAUCGUGUGGGCGAUCCUUUCGUAAGGCGGAGCUCGACUGGAGGUUCCGGGUAUUAUGUUGCAUGUGCCUUCUGCGGGGCUUUGGCUGGAACCUCCCGGUCACGAUCGUCCCGGGCGGCCUCAGUCCUUCGCUUGGCCAAGAAGAAAUCAGGAGAGAAGGACACAGUCUACAAAGACACGGUUCUGCUUCCCACCACUACCUUCUCUCAGCGAGCCAAUGCCAAGAAGAGGGAGCCCGAGCUCCAAGAGUUUUGGAAGAAGCAGGAGAUCUACCAGAAGCUCCAGGAGAUGGAUCACGAAAACGGAAGCUUCGUGCUGCACGACGGGCCGCCCUAUGCCAACGGCUCGCUGCACAUGGGCCAUGCGCUGAACAAGAUCUUGAAGGACAUCAUCAACAAGUUCAAAUCUGCUACGGGCCACAAGAUCAAGUUCAUCCCUGGUUGGGACUGCCAUGGCCUGCCCAUCGAGCUGAAGGUUCUGCAGACGCUGAAGUCCAAGGAGAAGAAGGACCUCACGCCCCUGAAGGGCACCUCGACAACGAUUCCACCGAUGGAGUUGCGCCAGCAGGCGGCCAAGUUUGCCCAGGAGACGGUGCAGGAGCAGAGGUCUUCGUUUGAGCGCUAUGGCGUUUGGGGCGACUUCGACGAGCCGUACCUGACGCUGCUUCCAAAGUAUGAAGCAGCCCAGCUGCGCAUCUUCGAGGAAAUGGUGCGUGGUGGCCACAUCUACCGUGGAAGGAAACCAGUGUACUGGUCGCCCUCCACGCGCACCGCUCUGGCGGAGGCGGAAUUGGAGUACCCGGAGGACCACGUCUCGCCGUCUAUCUACGCCGUCUUCAAGUGCACGGAGCUUCCGGCCGACUUGGCCGACUUCGAGGAUCUUGAGCUCGCGGUUUGGACCACGACGCCUUGGACCAUCCCGGCGAACCGCGCGGUGGCUGUGAAUCCAGAGCUGGAGUACUGCGUUGUCAAAGCGGAGUGGCCGGAUGCUGGCAGGGCUCGGCACCUGGUGGUGGCCAGAGGGCUGGUGGAGAAGCUUCAAGAAGUCUUGGGGCUGCCGCUGAAGGUGGAGAAGGAGUUCGCCGGAGGAAAGCUAGAGGGCGUCAAGUACGAGCAUCCCAUCUCUGGCAAAGAGACUCCUCUGGUCAUGGGUGGUGACUACAUCACCACGGAGUCUGGAACUGGUCUUGCUGGGUUCCCAGCGAAUCGUGAACCAUCGCCCGAUCGCACGCUCUCCGCCAUGGCGCACCUCAUCAGCAAGGCGGCCCCUGACAUGGAGCUGGAGCUGGCGGAGGGUGCCCGGCAGCUGCUGUCGCUGAGGAAGCCUGGCCAGGCCCUGGUGGUGGACUUCUUCGCGCCCUGGUGCAAGGCCUGCCCCAAGGCGGCGCAGCAUCUGGAGGAGUUGGCAGCGACGUGGGAGGACUGCCAGUUCGUGUUGAUCUGCGUGGACGGCACCCUGGCAGAGGCUCAGCACUUCGCAGAGGAGCACGGCAUCUCGCGGUGCCUGGUGGCGGCGGUGGUGGACGAGGAUGCGCCGCAGGAGUACGGGGUGUCUGGGCUCCCCCACCACGUGCUCAUCGCCCCGGACGGCACCGUGGCCCGGAACUACGAAAUAACGCUGCCGCAGGACCUGGAGGAAGUGCUGGCGGAGCGUGGCUCAGAGGCCAAAGACCAGCCUGCCACCGACAUGCUGGCGGCCGUUCCCCACAAGAGCCGGGUCUCUGACCAGUACAAGGAGUUGGAGAAGACGGACGCCCUGCUGAAGCCGAACCCUCGGCGAUGGGUCAUGUUUCCCCUGCAGUAUCCGGAGGUCUGGGAGAUGUACAAGAAGCACGAGGCCUCAUUCUGGACAGCUGAAGAGAUCGACCUGGCGCAGGACAACAAGGACUGGGCGGGCCUCAACGAGUCCGAGCAGCACUUCGUGAAGCACGUCCUGGCGUUCUUUGCGGCCAGUGACGGGAUCGUCCUGGAGAACCUCUCCCAGCAGUUCUCCUCGGAGGUGCAGAUCCCGGAGGCGCGGGCCUUCUAUGGCUUCCAGAUCGCCAUGGAGAACAUCCACUCCGAGACCUACUCCUUGCUCAUCGAGCAGUACAUCAAGGACCCAGCCGAGAAGGAGAAGCUGUUUGAUGCCAUCCACACCAUGCCGGCAGUGUGGGAGAAGGCCAGCUGGGCGAUUCAGUGGAUGAACCGGGAGAGCAGCUUCGCGGAGCGCCUGGUGGCCUUCGCCUGCGUGGAAGGCAUCUUGUUCAGCGGCUCCUUCUGCGCCAUCUUCUGGCUGAAGAAGCGAGGCCUCAUGCCUGGGCUAACCUUCUCCAACGAGCUGAUCAGCCGGGACGAGGGCCUGCAUGCGGACUUCGCCUGCUUGCUGUACGGCAUGCUGCAGCACAAGCUGCCGGAGGACAUCGUGCAUGAGAUCGUGAGGGGCGCUGUGGAGGUGGAGAGGAAGUUCAUUUGCGGAGCCCUGAGCUGUGAUUUGAUCGGCAUGAACAAGGAGCUCAUGACUCAGUACAUCGAGUUCGUGGCGGAUCGUCUUCUGAGCGCUUUGGGCCACAGCAAGCUCUUCAUGGCCUCCAAUCCCUUCGAUUGGAUGGAGCUGAUCUCGUUGCAGGGCAAGACCAACUUCUUCGAGAAGCGGGUGGGGGAGUAUCAGAAGGCCGGGGUCAUGGGGGGUGAAGGUGGGCCGCUGAAUGCCUUUGCCCUGGAUGCGGACUUCUAG